AUGGUUUAUACACACAUUGUGACGCGUGGUACAGCAGACUUCGACCUAUAUCCGUACAACCCCUCUGCCACCGCUGGAUGGAUUUUUGUUGCUCUAUUCGGCAUCUGCGCAGCUUUACACCUCUUCUAUAUGAUCAAGCUCCGAGCUUGGUUUUUCAUCCCGUUUGUCCUCGGCUGCAUUGGCGAGCUUUUUGGGUAUUACGGCCGCGCAUGGUCCCACGACAAUAUUCGAGACGGCACUCCCUAUCUGAUACAAAUGAUGCUCAUUCUUGGAUCAGCUCCAUUGCUAGCAGCCAGUAUAUACAUGACACUCGGCCGCUACAUCCGCGCCCUCGACGCCGAACACCAUGCGAUAAUCCGUACUCGAUGGCUCACAAAGAUUUACGUUGCGAUCGACGUUAUCAGUUUCGUCUGUCAGAUCAUGGGAUCUGCCGCCCAGGCAAGCGGAGAUUCCGAUGGCAUGCAAAAGGGGAUUCAUUUAGUCCUCGGUGGUCUUGCAUUUCAACUGGUUGCAUUUGUUCGACUCAACAAUUCUCCCAGUGAGAUCUCGGCAAGGUUCUCUGUGAAUUGGAAGAAGUACAUGUGGGCCCUUUACUGUGUUAGUGUGCUUGUUUUCAUUCGCAGCUUGUACCGAUUUGUCGAGUUUGCGGCAGGAGCUGGUACAAUAAUGGUGACUGGAGAGGAGUGUCUUUAUGUUUUCGAUGCAUCUCUGCUGUUUUUGGUUGCUGUCUGUCUAGCACUCGUUCACCCCGGAAAUCUCAUUAAAUCCGUCGGUGUAAAGCAAGCUGAAAGACUGACCGGAGAUGCGGAAUCUUACAUCCCAUUGAAUGGACGCGAAUCAUGA